ACCUAUUACCUAGAUUCACUAGCACCAGUUUAAACCAUUACUUGACCAUUUACUAGAGCUACGGAGGUACUUCGUCUACUUGGACGUAUUCCUGUACAGCAUCACAAACAGCAGGGAGUCCUGCUGUCAACGGCGAUGACGAGCGUCACGGAGCUCCCGGGGCCCCUCGCCAGGAUGGGGCAAAAAGCGGACCACUCCUCCGGGCAAGAACUUCGUGCUCGCCGGAGGUCCUGGGUCGCGAGAGCCGCCUUGUAUGUGGUACUGCCCUUAUUCUUGUUCGCCUGGUUCGUCCGAUCGGCUGGCUAUUCCACAUGCUUCGGUCACGGGCUUCCCUUCUCCUCGACCAAACACAGAAGCAUCGAGGCGCGCGUCAAGCGUAUCCUGCGCCAUAACCCCUUGAUAGAUGGUCACAAUGACCUGGCCAUCUGGAUCAGGGCGUAUUACAACAACCACAUCUACAAUGAGACCUUCAGCAAGCCCUUCGCGGAAGGUGGCCUGGGCGGUCAUAUCGACAUCCCCCGUCUUAGGGCUGGCUUGAACGGCGGCGCCUUCUGGAGCGCCUUCUGGCCCUGUCCAGCAAACGGAUCCGACUAUACCGAUGAGAAUUACCAUCGCACUGUCCAACAAACCCUCAACCAGAUCGACCUCCUCACCCGCCUGCAGCAAGCCCACUCCGACCUCUUCUUGCCGCCGACUCUCACCAGUCGCCAAGCCCUCCACCGCUUCCGCCACAGCCACGGCCGCCGGCUCAUCUCGCCGCUCGCCAUCGAGGGCUUGCACCAGAUCGGCAACUCGGCCGGCGUGCUCCGCCAGCUGCACGCCCUGGGCGUCCGCUACGCGACCCUGACCCACAACUGCGGCAACCGCUUCGCCGACGCCGCGCUGUGGGAGCACCCGGCGCCGCGCAAGGCGCCCCCCGUCUGGGGCGGCGUCAGCCCCGCCGGGCGGGCGCUGGUGCGCGAGAUGAACCGCCUGGGCGUCAUCGUGGACCUCUCGCACACCAGCGCCGACACCAUGCGCGACGUCCUCGGCGGCGGCCGCGACGGCUGGGAGGGCAGCCUCGCCCCGCCCAUCUUCAGCCACUCGAGCGCCUACGCGCUCUGCCCGCACCCCCGCAACGUGCCCGACGACGUGCUCGACCUCGUCGGGCGGAGGAACGGCGUCGUCAUGGUCAACUUCAACCCGGGCUUCAUCUCGUGCGUCGAGGCGCCCCACCGGGACGACGGCCUGCCGGACUUUUACCCCCAGAACUCCACGCUGCAGCAGGUCGUCAGGCAUAUCCUGCACAUCGGCCGGAGGAUCGGGUUCGACCACGUCGGGCUCGGCAGCGACUUUGACGGGAUCACCGAGGUGCCCGAAGGGUUGGAGGACGUGUCCAAGUUCCCGGCCCUGGUGGCCGAGCUGCUGAGGCAGGGAGUGAGCGACAAGGACGCCGCCAACAUCGUCGGCGGUAACGUCCUUCGCGUCUGGAGGGAUGUCGAGGCUGUCGCCGAGAAGUUGCAGAGGGCCGGCGAGCCUCCACUGGAAGACGACUUACCCAGGCGCAUCGCAGCGUUCGACGGUGUAGAUGGAGAGAACUUUGAAGAUGCGACGGCGUUUGCAGCCCAACAGAGGGAAGGGGAGGGGGGACGGGGGAAAAAGUCAACCGAGAGCUCUUUCUUUUAGCCCUGUGUGAUAUUCGAGAGCUCUUUCUUUUAGCCCUGUGUGAUAUUCCGUAGUGCCGUAGUGUACAUACAUAGAAACACACGCCGGUGUGCGCCUUUGCUCAACCGGGGAUGACCACCCAUCAUAUCUAUCCGCCCCGAAAAGAGAUUACCCGCGAAAACAUCCGCCGG